AUUUUCACCGUUCAAUGCCCGAAAUAAUGUUUUAUGUCCGACGAUCCUAAUGACAAUAGUUUGUCCGACUUUAAUUCAGACCAGUGUCCCUCAGGUACUUAGCUACCCUCAUUAUAUCCUUCCCAUUUAGGUACCGCUAACGUUAAGUCUAACACCCCCUUACAUCUCGUAUUAGGUAGCUGAAGGUAAUAUAAUUUUAACUAAUGUUGAGCAGAGUAGACGAACGAAAGUGUGUAAAAUCGAGUGAAUAAAUAGCCGUUAAUUGUUAAGUAUUCAAAAUUUAACUUUGUUGAAACUGUAUGGUAUAGAUCUUUAAAUUAGAAAUUUUCACAGUUCCUUUAAAGCCUAAGUAUCAUUAGAUGUAAAAAACCACUUCAGAUUUUACUUUGAUUGUAGUGAGCAAUACUCGAUAUUUAUUUAUGUACCUACUACAUAAAAACCUUUCAUCCGGGACAGUUUUUUCAUUCGUGAACAUGAGUGAAGUACCUAUUAAAUUAGAAAAAAUAGUAGCUGCAUGCUGGAUUUGAACCCUGGUACACUGACAUCGCUCGGUACGAGUACAUCAGCAGGCGCUUUAUCCUCUAGGUCCCGACUACAAAUUAUAAACGACCCCGACUAUAAAUUAUACUUUGUUGUAGUUUAGAGAUAUGCAUUAGUAUAAUAAAUUAUAUAGGGAAUACAACAAAGAUACUCUGGUUCGUACUCCUUUAAUGAAGACUUUUCCUUCAAUUUUAACCUCCAUAGCGUAAAUUAUUCCCGUUUGAAAUGGUUGGUAUCGUUAAAAGUUUUGAUGACUUUAACGAUGUCGUUUUAACGAAAUCGGUAACGUUAUCGUAAUUCUUUUAUAACGAUUUAUUUUCCAAUCAACUGAAAUUACGUCACCACCAAUCUAUGUUGUAUUAGUAUACGCCAAAUGAUGCAAAUUUUACUGUUAUCAGGGACAUCUCAAGAUUUAGAUUUACAUUCAGUCAAAAAAGUAUCGGGAACAGAUGAUUUGUUUAUGGUUCCAAACUCAAUUUUUUAUUGUUGUUAGAUUGGCAGAACUGUUUUCCAUUUUGGCGCGGAAUUUGAGUUGCAUCUGUUAAUUUAAUUAGUUAUUUAAUUAGAUUAAAAUGAUUAUACAGUGCUGUUUUUAGUUAUACCAUAUCUAGCGUGUAUUUCGAAUUUCGUAAUAGACAAAAACAUCGAACAAAGAGUUUGUCUUAAAUUUUGCAUCGUCAGUGGAAUUUCCUGUUGGAGUCACUGAAAAUGUUGCGAAACACUUAUGGUUAAUCGUAAUCAAUAGAUUUGUAAAACAGGUGCUUAUGAGGGGUACAAAGCGUUCUAAAGCGGUUGAUACUAUAUGAUGGCAGACUGGCCUCGCUCUGUUAGGUCAUCCUGCAACUAAAUACUAUAAUAUGUAUAAUUUUAUUACAGAACUUUUCACAAAAGGAGUGUAAAAUUUUCACAUUUCGCGUAUUUUGAAUCAGUCGAUACGAGCAGAUAGAUACGCAGUUCCAUUCUUUAGUCUACGACUUCACAGGAAUGUGUGUUACAUUUUCUCUUUAGAUGUGUUAUUGGCAUUUUUAUUGGCAAAAUAAUUAUUCCGUACUACAGUUACAUAAAGUUAGUGGAUGGUCUCGUGCCACGUCAUCGUCAUGGGAAUAUAUAAAAAAAAAUUUUUUUGUGGAACUUUGUUACCUACUUCAUUCUUUGAUAACUCGUCGAUACGUUACGAGUUCACAGUAAAUAGCCUUUGCAGUAACAUUAAUUUUACACCGCUCACUCCUAAUACCGUGUAGUUUAAUAAUUCAUAGGGUUGCUCUAACUACGAGUCUGUCUGAAACUACACAAUAUGGAGUCUAACACACUAACGAUAUCUGAGUCUCUUGCUGGCUGCUCUCACGAUUGAAACUGCAUUCAGAAUUGGUGAUUAAGUCAUGACUAUGUAGUUAAAAGACCCGUUAUUUAUGACUUGGAAAAAAAAUAUCCUUUUGAUUUUAUGUUGUGCAUAUGGAAAAAAACAUUGAUUCAUCAGAAAAUCGGUCAAUAUUAGUAAAACGAUAGUAUUUUGGUUAUUAAUUUAAUUAUUAAUAAUGGUAUGUAAUAGUUAGGUUUAGUAGAGUUUUUUCCGGGAACGAAGUUGUGUGAAUUGUUUUAUUUUGCUUUAAUUUAGUUUACUCUCUUUGAUUCACAGGAUUUCUGUUUUCGAAUCAACAUUUCUGUGACGCCAAUGAUCCGAAAGCACAGUGAAUGUGUAAUCGUCCGUGGAGAUAAACGUAGAACGUCAUAUAUAUACAUGUAUAUAUGGUGCGUAGAUAUUUUUUAUUUCUUAGACCGAAACUAUACCUAUACAAUUAUUUUUAGAUUCAUUAUUAGUUGAAAAUUAUAAAAAAAAGAUCUUAACAAUCUUGUCUCAGGUCCAUAGUUAUUGAUGAUAGGGCAUGAUGUGAGCCCGACGCAGGUCGUGAGGUAGGUCCACUGUGCUGUCUAUUGUCGCUUAGCAGCCAUGCUUUCGUUUCCAUACCCGAUUCUGUGGACCGAAUGGUAAACAGUCGACGUCACCCUAAGCACGCUAUUACGGAUCCUCCCGAUCUAUUAACGGUGCUUUUAGGUACAUCAAGCACCGGUCACCGCCUACGCGGAACCCGUCGCUUGCGACGAAGGUCUCGACGAGUAAAUGAACCCAUAGACACAGUCCACUGAGUUUCUCUCCGGAUUUUCUCAGUGGGUCGCGUUUCCGAUCCGGUGGUAGAUUCUGCGAAGCACUGCUCUCUUGCUAGGGCCAGUGUUAGCAACGCUCCGGUUUGAGCCCCGUGAGUUAACCUGCACGUCAAGGAGAAGCUGAAAUAGCCUCUCAAGGCUAUCAGCAUAGGUAUGAAAACAAAAUUUGACGGAAUACACGGCUUGAUGUCUCAAAAUGAGUAGCGGCAUUAACGUUUGUUGUAUAUUCUCUCUACUAGUCUACUCUGGUAGCCAUUUAACAACAGGAUGACCGAAGGCUCGUGCCCCUAAGUAGCACAAUAAAAGAAACAAAACGUAUUACAAUUUACGCAUGAUAAUUUUGUAACCUACUAUUUCAAAAGGCGUAUGCCGUUCAAAAAGAAAAUCUUUUCUAAAGCGACUGUAUACUGCUGGUUUAGCAAAUUCAGGUACCGUAGAGUAGCUUUGGUGGAGGAAAAAAUAGGCGCCUUUCCUUUGACUGUUACUGUCGCAGAAAACGUGCUGACUCUGGGUUUUUAUAUUAAAAUAGUAUAAUAGAAUUGUAGAUCGUAGUUCCGAAGACCACUUUAUUGACAAAUUGCCGGUAAGCUCGUCGACUUAAUGAAAAAUCGUAAACAAAAAAAUAUAUAUUUUAGCUUUAGUUUUCUUCGUGACUACGAAUUAAAUAGCUUAACGAAAUAAAUUAUAUUUUUUGAAACUAGUUAGCAUUAAUAAUUUAAUUGCCACAAAGACACAAGGUUUUAUGAUUUUUUUAUAAAACUUUAUUAAAUGCGGCGAUUGAUUUUUUGCUUCGUCCUAAAAUAUUAAAGCUGACUGUGGAUGAACUGACUAAACCUAUUGGUUUUUUUUAAAACAAACAGGUCACAUAUCUUUUUAAGUUAUAUUUUCUCGUCCUACUGUCGUCGUAAAUGCUUAGUUAUUUAAUAAAAAUAAUAUCCAUACAAAUAACAAACAAUUUAAUAAAGCAUUAUUGUAAAAAUGUUUUAUUAAUAUCAAAUUGUGCAAUGUGAAAAACCUGUAAAGAAUCGAGCGGAGAUACGGGUGGACUGAAAGCUAAAUCUUAUAGCGCACUGUGCGUGGACGGGGCAGUCGUUCGCGAUCCCCUGUAUGAGGUGGUUGUUUCAGCAGUAUUUCAGGCUACAUUCGUCACGUAGUCACCGCGAGACGGCUAAACAGCAACUUUGUGACAUUAUUUAAAAAAAUAUAAGUGAUUUAAUUUUCUCUCUUUAUUUUUUUUUUGGAUUCAACAACGUCGACUAUUCAUCCGGUCAAGAGUAUUCAUGGGUAUAUAAUACAACGGGUCAUGUUCGUAAUUUCAAAUUUCUGCCCAUUGAUCAGCCGCAGCCAUUCCUAAAUCCCGCGAAAAAGUGCCAAGAUGCAAUCGAAAGCGAAGAGAUAAAAGCCACAGAGUAAGGGCCAAGAGUCCCACGAUGUUUUCUUUGGCUGAGGGUUGUGGGUGCGUUAGUUUUCGUGGCGGUCGACGUACUCGCUCCCAAGGAGAUGAUUCUUCAUCAUGUCGGAGCUCAGAAAUAGAACAAGAGGUUCCCCAAAGAUCGGGUAAAAGACUACUCAAUGGCGAAUAUACCAUGAAAGCUUUGGUACCCUUCUUGAAAUUUUGGAGAAGAGACGAUGUUAGUAUGACUAAAGCUGAAAGAACUAUGAAAGCCGCCAUUUUAAUUCAGCAGUGGUACAGGCGUUAUUUAGCGCGAAUGGAAGUGAGAAGGCGUUAUACCUGGACCAUAUUUCAGAACAUUGAAUAUGCGGGCGAACAUGAUCAAGUGAAGCUGUAUAAUUUUUUCAACGCACUGCUCAGCCAUAUGAUGGAUACGAAUGGGCGGCCCUCCUCCGAGCGUACCUCGAGAACAGCUUCCGUCUUGGAACAAGUUUUUUCCGAAGAGUCUGACGAAGGAGGGGGCGUCGAUGAGACCGCUCCCCCGAAGCCUUCACGUGGCCCCGACGUUGAAUUCCCGCUACAAAGAAAGGAUAUCGACCUAUUGAUUGAGGCAUUCAGAAAGAAAAAGCAUCGUUUACAUCCAAAGCACGUAGCGCAGAUACUGAAAGAGGCCACACAAGUAUUGAAAAGGUUACCCAAUAUCAAUGUGGCUACCACAUCUAUAUCUAGCCAGAUCACUGUUUGCGGAGAUCUCCAUGGAAAACUAGACGAUCUACUCGUCAUAUUUCACAAGAAUGGGCUGCCAUCUCCAGAAAAUCCGUAUAUAUUUAACGGAGACUUUGUGGACAGAGGCAAGAAGGGUCUAGAAGUGUUUCUUCUGCUGUUAGCGUGCAUGCUCGCUUUUCCCGGUGGUGUUUUCUUGAAUCGCGGGAAUCACGAAGAUCUCAUUAUGAAUUCGAGGUACGGCUUCAUCAAAGAAGUUCACAUGAAGUACAGGCACAAUGCUGAGCGUCUUUUGAAACUGAUUGAGUGCGUGUAUCGGUGGCUUCCACUCGGGACCAUCAUAAAUAAUCGAGUUUUCGUUGUCCACGGAGGCAUCUCGGAUACUACAGACCUAGAUAUGAUUCGGAGCCUUGAAAGGGAUAAGUACGUGUCGCUUCUGCGGCCGCCGGUGAUCGAGGGCUCAACGGCCGCGGAGUCGAUAGAUAAGGUGGAGUGGAAGCAGGUGUUUGAUAUACUGUGGUCGGAUCCACAAUGCAUCGGAGGAUGUGUGGCAAAUGCGCUUCGAGGAGCAGGAACCUACUUCGGCCCUGAUGUAACAGCGUCGUUCCUCCAGAAGAAUAAGCUGAGCUUCAUAAUUAGAAGUCACGAGUGCAAGCCCGGUGGAUACGAAAUCAUGCAUGGCGGUAAUGUAAUUACAAUUUUCUCGGCGUCGAACUAUUACGAGUUGGGUUCCAACAAGGGCGCUUACCUGAAACUAUGCGGGAACUCGUUGGAGCGCCAGUUCGUGCAAUACACGGCGGCCGUGUCUCGCACGCGGCGUCUCACCUUCAGGCAGCGGGUUGGCCUUGUCGAAUCGUCCGCCAUGAGGGAGCUACACAAUCAGAUUAUGAUGGCCAGGAGAUCUCUGGAAGCUACUUUCCGUAGCUUGGACUCGGAGCAAAGUGGUUUCAUAUCUAUAAGCGAUUGGUGUCAAGCCAUGGAGGAGACAACACACCUCGGUCUCCCGUGGAGGAUGCUUAAAGACAAGCUUGUUCGCACAGAUCCCGAGACACGCAAAGUACGUUACAUGGAUACAUUCGAACUCAACACCAAUAGGAACGGACGAAAAUCUGACACGCUGACAGUCGUCGAGACUUUGUAUAAAAAUCAAAGAAGCUUGGAGGCGAUCUUCAAGAUAUUGGAUAAAGAUAAUUCUGGUUACAUAACGUUGGAAGAAUUUUCCGAGGCUUGCCAGCUGAUCGGCAAGUACAUGCCGAAUCCGAUGACGCAGGAGCAGCUCGUCGACAUCUGUCGGCUCAUGGACAUCAACAAGGACGGCCUGGUUGAUCUCAACGAGUUCCUCGAGAGUUUCCGUCUCGCCGAAAAGAGUUUACACGAGCAGGAAAGGAUGUACGAAGACAUGCAGGCUACCUGACAAGAACUGGACCGCCGACCCAGCAGGACGGCGGUCGAUAGAAACGAAACCGGCGUCGAAAUAGAGAUCCUCAAACUGGACAACGAAGAACAAGGAAACGCUCGCGGUGAGAUCAAUGAUUUUAAACUAAUAGAUUGCGAGGACACGCCGAAGCGACCAGCGGGCCUGUUGGAAAGUGAUAUUUAAAAUUUCUCCAUAACUCACUGCCGGUAUUCUUAAUUUAAUUUGUAAGGCUUCACGUUUGACUCAUUUAACGCUCCCAUAAAUUAGAUGUGUAUUGCGGCACGUUACAGUACGUGUCCAUUGCUCUUUUCGUAUUCAAUGCUUAGGUCGCAUUUUAAAAUAUCUUAAUCGAAUUACCUUAACGAAAAAAAAAAUUAAAAAAAAUGUCUCUAUAUUUAUAAAAGUAGUCAAACAUGAUACUUAACCGAGCGUUUUAACGUAUGUAGGUUUAAAACUUUAUGAAUAUGAAUUUUAUUAUUGGAAUUAUUCUUCGAAAUUCGUAAUUUUUUAUGUAUUUAGUGGGAAUAGUGAUUAAACUAAAAUUUUAUUGGUUCUUAAAUUGGUGCCAAGUAAAAUGAAUAUAAAGUAGAUAUUUGAAAAUUAUAAAAUAAAAAAUAUAUAUAAUGGAAAAUAUUCUAUUUCUCUACUUUAUUCAGUGUAGUGCAAUGAUAUAUCUAAAAUAAUAUUGUAGUGACAUUUGAGAAGAUCAAUUAAUAAAUGGGAACAAUGACACUAAUGUCUUAUACAACUCUUCAAUAUUCAUAUUCCAAUUUUGCUAAAUUAAAUCUAUCAGUAGAUUCUUAUUCUUAAUAAAAAAUAUAAUGGUAAUUAAAAAAAAACCUUAGAAAAUUUUAUCUAGUCAUUUUACCAGAGCUAUUUCGCAUACAUAUCUUCUUAAUCAAUUAUAAUUAAUGCAUUCCAAUUUAUUGCAGCAACGCAUUCGAUGUAUGCUUAGAGAAUAUCUAUUCAUUAUAUAUUCUAUGUAAUUUUACUAGUUCUUACAAUUCGCUGUUAACAUAUUAAUGGCCAACAAUCUGUAGUACAAUUCUUUCUACAAUACAGUUUUAUAUUGAUUCUUGAUAUAGCUACUGACUUAUUGUUUAAUUUUAAAUUAUUUGAGUCUGUUAGUAUUAUUAAGGCUAAUAUUAUAUUUAUUUGUGUUCAGAAUGAUUGAGUGGAUUGAUGAUGUCUUUUGGAAGGGGUGAUUUUCAGUCUUUAGUUUAAAUGCUCCCACGUUUAAAAAGCUAAGCGUAACACAGUCACAGAAUGUUUAAAAAAAAUUUGAACUUCCAAGUCAAUGGAUUAUGACUAUCUGUGGAUUUUUAGAGAAUUUUGAGAUGAGGAUCUAGCUAAAUUAACAUUGAAGUUUGAUUUUGCAGAUGAAUAAUGUAUAUUUUAACUAUUAUUUCGUAAUGUAUAUUGAUUUUUUAAUAAAAUAUCAGUGUAUUUAUACAUUAUUUUAGUGAUAUUCUAUUAUCUAUUUUAAAUUAUAAUGGUGGACUUAUCAAAUAUUCUGGGCUGUCGUCAGUAAGCCGCCUGCUAAAAUAUAAUAAUAAAACAUUGACAUAUACAAACAACAAUCAAAAUCAUUAUAACUUCAUAACAACAACACAACUUCAAACACCAAAAAUUCCAAGGCACAAAGAAAGAAACCGGAAACAAAGAAACAUACAUUUAAUUUUAUAGGUUUCACUUUGUUACGCAAUGUUGUUCCUUCAUAGCGGAAGUCGUUUGCGCGCUAUUAUUAAGAAAAAUAUAUGGAAAUAUUCUCUACUGGUUUGUUGUUUAUUUGGUGCUGUCAAUAAGUGACCUUCCCGUCUUCGAUCAGCUAGACCAGUGAUUCUCAACCACUGUGCCGCGGCACUUUUGUGUGCCGCCAAAUUUUUCAAAUAUAUAAUAAUGUUAAUAUUAUUAAAUUAUAUCAUUUAAAAAGAAAAAUAUUUUUAACAUGAAUAUAUAUUUAAAUCCACAAAAAAUAAAUUAUUUUAUUAUUUGCUUUGCAACGCGGUUUUUCUUACUGCCAAAUUAUGAUGAAGCGGCGUGCAUAGCAAUAGGAAUAUGUCUCAAGUCGGCGCACACUUGCCACUUCUGCGUACAAAACGUGUUGUUUUAGUGAUAGUUGGGAUUCACAAGGUGUUGCAUAGUAGUUACUGCACCAUUUCUUUCAUUAAAAUUGGCAAAUGUAUGUGAUUCGGUAGUAAGUAAAUAAUUUUUAUCUUUUUCUUUGUGUGCCGCCAAAUUUUAAAAUCGUUAAAUAUGUGCCGCAACAAAAAAAAAGGUUGAGAAUCACAGAGCUAAACGAACUAACAUAGGAACGUGAAAUGCGUUGAUGCUUGAAAUGUUAUUAGUUUAACUGAAGAUUGAAAACCUGUCUUAGCCAAUUGAAAGGUUUCCUAUUUUUGUUUUAGUUUAAGUCAGUAACUUGUAUUUUAUUUCUUGUUAUAUUAUAUGUCUGUCCAUUAAAAUGUGAUAUUGGAA